CGCCACCAUUCUUCGGAAUAAAGAAAACGCCAAAACUGUGCUGUCCGUUUAUCGUUGUUUCUACAGGCCGACUCAGAUUAAGUCUGAGGUCGGUAACAUCCACAGUGAGGACAAACCCAGGCUACCUCUCCUUCCACACUGAGUCCAAACCCACAGUCACUGGGUCCUGAUUGUGACAGUGGAGCCCAGUUUGCUCUGCAGGAUCCAGAGAUGACAUCAGUGAAGCUGGAAGACUGCAGUCAAACACUGGAGCUGAAUGCCAACAUUAAAGAUGAAGAAGAGGAGGAGAAGAUUGGGACAUCUGUUACUCAUGGAGAACAUGUUGAGACAUUCUCUACGUCCAGAGAGCAACAGCAGGAAAAUCACAGAGCUAAGAGGUCUCAUCCCUGCCCACAUUGUGAGGAGAUUUUCCCAUUUCUAUCAAAACUAAAAAUACACCUAAAAAUACACACAGGAGAGAAUUUGUAUUCCUGCACUGACUGUGGGAAGAGUUUAAAAACAUCACAGGCUCUGACAGUUCAUCAGAGAGUGCACACUGGAGAGAAACCUUACUCCUGCUCUGAUUGUGGGGAGCGUUUCUCUCAUCAGAGCAACUUAAAAACACACCAACGUAUACACACAGGGGAGAAGCCUUACUACUGCUCUGACUGUGGAAAAUGUUUCACAACAUCAACUGGGCUAAGAGUUCAUCAGAGAACACACACAGGAGAGAAGCCUUACUUCUGUUCUGACUGUGGGAGGAGUUUCAUAACAUCAAGGACUCUGACAGUACAUCAGAAAAUGCACACUGGAGAGAAACCUUACUACUGCUCUGAUUGUGGGGAGAGUUUCUCUCAACAGAGCAAUUUUAAAACACACCAACGUACACACACAGGAGAUAAGCCUUACUACUGCUCUGACUGUGGGAAGGGUUUCUCUCAACAGAUCCACUUAAAAUGUCACCAGCGAAUACACACCGGAGAGAAGCCUUACUGCUGCUCUGAGUGUGGGAAGGGUUUCUCCCAACAGAGCAACUUAAAAUGUCAUCAACGCAUACAUAAAGGAGAGAAGCCUUACUCCUGCUCUGACUGUGGGAAGUGCUUCACAACAUCAACUGAGCUAAAAGUUCAUCAAAGAGGACACACAGGAGAGAAACCUUACUCCUGCUCUGACUGUGGGAAGAGUUUCUCCCAACAGGGCAGCUUAAAAAUACACCAACGUAUACAUAAAGGAGAGAAGCCUUACUCCUGCGCUGACUGUGGGAAGUGCUUCACAACAUCAACUGAGCUAAAAAUUCAUCAAAGAAGACACACAGGAGAGAAGCCUUACUUCUGCUCUGACUGUCAGAAGAGUUUCUCCCAAUUGGCUACCUUAAAAACACAUCAACGUAUACAUAAAGGCAAGAAGCCUCAUCAGUUCUCUCAGGCCAGUUAAGAUUAGUCACUCCAUCGCUUCAUUCUCAUCUCAUAAAGGAAGUGGUAACAGGGAAUUUGGUAACAUUAAGACGAACACUAUUGUAAUCCUAUUGUUUCUCAUUGACAACUGUGCAGAGGGGGUGGUGCUGGAGAUGAAUAUUCAAUUGAAUAUGAAGUUGAAACAUUUAAACAUUUUCCUUUUAAGGCAAAAACAAUAGGAGGGUGGUUGGUUGGUCGGGGUGGAUGGGUCUGCAUAUACAGUGCCUUGCGAAAGUAUUCGGCCCCCUUGAACUUUGCGACCUUUUGCCACAUUUCAGGCUUCAAACAUAAAGAUAUAAAACUGUAUUUUGUUUUUGUGAAGAAUCAACAACAAGUGGGACACAAUCAUGAAGUGGAACGACAUUUAUUGGAUAUUUCAAACUUUUAAAAAAAAUCAAAAACUGAAAAAUUGGGCGUGUUGGGGACAGUCUGAGCACUGAGCACUGAUGGAGGGAUUGUGCGUUCCUGGUGUAACUCGGGCAGUUGUUGUUGCCAUCCUGUACCGCAGGUGUGAUAUUCGGAUGUACCGAUACUGUGCAGGUGUUGUUACACGUGGUCUGCCACUGUGAGGACGAUCAGCUGUCCGUCCUGUCUCCCUGUAGCGCUGUCUUAGGCGUCUCACAGUACGGACAUUGCAAUUUAUUGCCCUGGCCACAUCUGCAGUCCAAUGAAGAUCUGUGAAGUUAUUUGGAUUUUUACGAAUUAUAUUUGAAAGACAGGGUCCUGAAAAAGGGAUGUUUCUUUUUUUGCUGAGUUUAUAUAGUGUACUCAGCAUGUUAAGUUAGCAUGCAACUAUUUAGCAUGUUAAUUAACGUUAACAUCAAAUUGGAAUAAGUAAAAUAGCAUACGUAUUGCAUAUUUGUAACAUAUUGUAAUUCGUAACAUACUUAUACAUCCUACAAGUCGUAUUAUAUUGUACGACUCAUAUUACAUUCGUAGGCCAAUGUCAUGGAACAUAAUAUACUGGUGUCAUACUAAAGUGAGCGGUAUGGAUUUUUGUAAGAUAUAAUACGUUUUGAUCUGACACCAAGUUGUCCCUCAGGGCUUUGACCAUUGUUGCAUCUGUGGCUCGCUCUGGAUGGGCGUCUAUCAGAUGACUUAUGUGAUGUAGAUGUCGAGCGGCUUCACUGCAAAUAGAUUGUAUGUUUUAAAUAUUCAACAAUGAUAAUAAAAUAAAAAGCUAUUCCUCUGUAGGUAGAGCGAGUGUGAUGAUGAUCAGUUCUCUGUGGGAAGGAGUUAGUAGAUACAACAUGUAUCAGAUAGAGAUGGUGUGAUGAUCAGUUUUCUGUGGGAAUGAGUUAGUAGAUACAACAUGUAUCAGAUAGAGAUGGUGUGAUGAUGAUCAGUUCUCUGUGGGAAUGAGUUAGUAGAUACAACAUGUAUCAGAUAGAGAUGGUGUGAUGAUCAGUUUUCAACAUUAGUUUGGGUGGGUUCUUUUUUUGCAACAUGACUUUUGUUUAAUGAUACACAGGCUAUGAAAUGACUACAUGUUUAUUACAUUGUCUUAUAAAACUAGAUUGAUUACUUUAGUAGUCAUUGAUACAUUUAUUUGGAUAACUGCAAUGAAUGUAAUUGAUCUAUGACAAGUAAACAUUCUACAUGAA